UUUUUUUUUUUUGGGUAACUUAAGCUUUUGUUUGAGUGCUUUUGCUUUAAUGGGUGCCGAUUCAACCUAUAAUCAGAGGCCUUUUUCCAUGUUAAAUUUCAAUAUUUUGUGAUUUUAGUGGUUGGAAUUUAGUUGUUCUUGUGGAUAGGGAAGGAUUGAUAUGGUAGGAUUCGAAUAAUUGCAUGAACUGACCGAGGUAAACUCUGGGUUUAUCAAUUGUUUCAUAUUUCGAAUUAUUUAACUAGUCAAGGUGAUUAUAAGGGAAUAUUUCAGAAUCUUUCUCACAAAUUGACAACACUAAUUGCAGAUACAGCUGCUCGAAUUAUUUGACUAAUCAUAGUAGGACAUUACUGGGAAAUGAACUUCAGGUUUCAGGUUGCUCAAAGGGAGAAAUGAUGCUUAAUAAAGUCCGAUGAUUGAUUUCUAUUUGGGAGCAGUAUUUGUUCUUAGUACCUAACAUUAUUAAAGAAUUAGAGAAGAGAAUCAAUUGCAAUGGUGAUGGAACUUAUACCAAUCGGAACCAUCUUGGCCGUGGUAACAAACCAAGUGAUUAAAACAGCUCAGGCUGCGAAGGAUAUCGUGAUCGAGAAGGAGAGUUUCAAAGUCCUCUCGAAGUAUCUCUUUGACAUAGAGCCUGUGUUGAAGGAGUUGCAGCUUCGACAGUUAAAUGAUUCUCAAACAGCAAGACUAGCUCUUGAGGCUUUGGAGGCAGAUGUCAAGAAGGCGAAUAACUUGGUCGAGAAAUACAAAAAUAGGGGUCGUUUCUACUUGCUCGUCAAGUGCCGGCACAUUGUUAAUGAGGUGCAAGAAGUCACAAGGGAUAUCGGAAGGUCUUUGGCUGCAUUCUCUUUAGUGAAUACUGAAAUUCUUUCUGGUAUAUCCGAUCAGGUCAAUAGACUACAGAGUGAGAUGCAAAAGGUAGAGUUCGAGACUUCACAUUCUCAACUCCAAAUCGUUGACAGGUUAAACCAGGGUCUUAGGGAUCAGAAACGUGACCAAUGUUUCGCGAAUGAUAUGCUGGAAGAGAUAGCAAGGGCAGUUGGGGUACCCGUGGAGCCUUCUGAAAUUAACAAGGAGCUAGCAAGCUUCAGAAGGGAAAUAGAAGAAGCUGGCAAUAGGAAAGAAAGAGCCGAAGUUUUCUUCUUGGAACAAGUUAUCGAGCUACUUUCUCAAGCAGAUGCAGCAAGAGAUUAUGAAGAAAUGAAGAAGCAGUAUUUUCAAAGGGCUCAGGUUAUAGAACGAUAUGAUACGCAGAAAGAAUACAUCCCUCCACUUAAGCCUUUCAUUUGUCGUAUAAGUGGGGAAGUAAUGGAUGAUCCCGUUAGCCUUUGCACUGGUACUACGUGUGAGAGAGCUGCUAUUGAAGCUCGGUUUGACUGUGGGAUGAAAACUGAUCCUGAAACCGGAGAUGUUCUCGAAGAUACUUCUUUGAGAUCUAAUCUUCCACUCAGACAAUCAAUAGAUGAGUGGAGAGAACUGAACUAUUGCCUUAAAAUCAGAGCUUCUCAGGCAAAGUUGUCAUCAGGUGUUGAUUCAAAAGUAGUGGAGGCCCUGAACCAAAUGCAAGAUCUUAUCAGAGAAAAUUCUAUAAACAAGGAUUGGAUAUCCAUAGGAGGGCUCACCGAUAGUAUAAUUUCUAUCCUCGGAAGUUCUCGCAACCGAGAAGUCAAGAAGAAGAUUUUUAUCACCUUGAAAGAUAUGGUGGAAGGGCACGCAAGAAAUAAGGAAAAAGUGAUCGAGCAGCAGGGGUUUGAUUACAUUGUUCCAUGUUUAGGCCGUGAUCCGAGCAUCUCAAUGGCUGCAGUUGAAUUGCUAUAUGAGUUAUUGCAGGACAGAUCCAAAUGGAAUGUUUGUUUUUGUCGCCAACUCUCUCUGCAAAGCAGUGCAAUUCUUUUUCUUGUUACCCUUCUAAAGGGUCCGGUCAGGCAAUCGGCAGACUAUGCCGAAAAAAUAUUAAAUAAACUUUUUGAUGUUGAUGAGGAUAACAUUUCUCGAGCUGCCAAGUCAGGGUGGUAUUAUAAACCACUGAUUGAUCGAAUCGUUCAAGGGCCAGUGUCUUCAAGGAUGUCAAUGUUGAAAGCAUUGGUUAUCAUGGAUUUGUAUGAUUCAAACUUAAAAGUCCUAGGUGAGGAAGGCAUUAUACCUCCGUUGCUUUCAAUGGUGGCAUCCGGCAAUAUUGAACUGAAGGAGUUAUCGUUAUCAGUUCUUGUUAAACUAUCCGGUUGUCGUGCUAAUAAAGAGCUUAUUGCUGCCGGUGGUGGUGUUCCUGUUGUUCUGAAGCUAAUGUUCUCUUCACAUGUGUGUACAAUUCAUGUAGUCAAAUGCUCCGAAAUUGUUGAGAAACUUUCUUCUGAAGGCGACGGAGUCAAAUUUUUUGUUGACGAAAACGGGGUUCAACUUGAAUUGGAGCCAAUAAUCACUCAAUUGCUGGCUUUGCAACAGAAUACCAACUCAUCGAACAAUUUCCGAAAGCCUGCAUUGCGUGCGCUGUUAGGAAUAUGCAGGUCCGAAGCCCGAUUGAUCAAGACAGCUGUUCUUACUGCCAAUGGCGUAUCUUUAGUCCUUCCUCUUCUUGAUGAUCCGGACUCGGAAGUAAGAGAAAUUGCCGUAAGCCUUCUCUUCUUAUUUUCUCAACAAGAGUCGCAAGGAGUCAUAGAUUACCUUCUUAAGCCGAAACGGUUGGAGGGUCUUGUGGGGUUCCUCGAAAAUGACUGUAACAUUGAUGUCAAAAUGGCUGCUGCCGGUCUAUUAGCCAACCUCCCAAAAUCUGAAGUAUCACUAACUAAAAAAUUGAUCGAGUUGGAUGGACUUCCCGCAAUUAUAAAUCUUUUGAGAUCCGGGACGAUGGAAGCUAGAGAACAGGCUUUAAGUGCUCUCUUUAGGUUCACAGAUCCCGCAAAUGUCGAGUCGCAACGUAUCGUGGUCGAACAUGGAUCUUACCCGUUGCUCGUAAACUUCCUCAAAGUUGGUUCAGUAACAGCAAAGGCAAGAGCAGCAGCUCUCAUUGGCUACCUAUCGAUGAGCAGUCCUAAGCUCACUGUCGCAUCCGAAAGAAUCAGCUGCUGGUGUUUUCGGAUAUCUCGUCUUCCCGUAUGCCCUGCACAUGGUGGUAUUUGCAAGGUAAACACUUCGUUCUGUCUGUUGGAAGCAAACUCGCUGCCAUACAUAGUAAACCUCUUACAUGACAAAGUCGAGGCAACUGCUUAUGAAGCAAUCCAGACACUUUCCACAUUGGUUCAGGACGGCUGUCUCCAGAGAGGAGCCGUCGUCUUGCAUGAGGCUAGAGCGAUAGAGCCCGUGUUAGAUAUUUUGACAUGGGGAACGGAUUCGCUGAAAGAAGCGGCACUCGGUCUCCUGGAGAAGGUUUUUGCGUCGAAAGAAAUGGUGGAGACCUAUGGAACCAAUGCUAGAUACCUUCUUGUUGGUCUAACUGGGGGAAAUGUUCACGGCGACCAUCCAGGGAGAAAGGUUGCUAAAGUCUUAUCGCUUCUUGACCGGUAUUCAAAAUCGUCGACAUCUAUUAUUCCGGGACUAUUUUGAUAAAAAUCUAUCAUAACUGAAACAAAGAACUCAUCAUGCUUUGUGAUGCAAAUCUCCUCUGGCAUACGAUUAUUUGUGAAUACCAUUAUUUCAUGAUACA